GCGGGGCGCACAGCGCGAGGUGAGGCCCGGCGUGCUGGACGCCAGGGAGCGCUUUCCAUCCAGCCGCCACCCGGACCAGGCUUUGCGCCCGGCUGCGAGACAGCCGGAGCCCCGACGGCCCAGGGGUCCAAGGAGUAGUAGGACUCAGGCGGCUCGUGGAGCCGAGCCAUGGCGCUCGACUUCCUGGCCGGAUGCGCUGGAGGUGUGGCAGGUGUGCUUGUGGGACACCCUUUUGACACAGUCAAGGUGCGGCUGCAGGUACAGAACAUGGAGAAGCCCCAGUACCGAGGGACACUGCACUGCUUCCAGUCCAUCGUCAAGCAGGAGAGUGUGCUGGGCCUGUAUAAAGGUCUGGGCUCACCACUAAUGGGGCUCACCUUUAUCAAUGCACUGGUGUUUGGGGUGCAAGGAAACACCCUUAGGGCCCUGGGCCAGGACUCGCCACUCAAUCAGUUCCUAGCUGGUGCGGCAGCAGGCGCCAUUCAGUGUGUCAUCUGUUGCCCCAUGGAGCUGGCCAAGACCAGGCUGCAGCUGCAAGACGUGGGCCCUGCCCGAACCUACAAGGGCUCCCUGGACUGCCUGGCACAGAUUUACCGGCACGAGGGUCUGUGUGGCGUCAACCGAGGCAUGGUGUCCACGCUUCUGCGCGAGACACCUAGCUUUGGUGUCUACUUCCUCACCUACGACGUACUGACGCGUGCCAUGGGCUGCGAGCCAGAUGACCGCCUGCUGGUGCCCAAGCUGCUGCUGGCGGGGGGCACGUCGGGCAUCACAUCCUGGCUCUCCACCUAUCCUAUGGACGUGGUUAAGUCACGGCUACAAGCUGAUGGGCUGCAAGGAGCCCCCCGCUACCACGGCAUCGUCGACUGCAUGCGGCAGAGCUACCGGGCUGAGGGCUGGCGAGUCUUCACACGGGGGCUGGCCUCCACGCUGUUACGUGCUUUUCCCGUCAACGCUGCCACCUUUGCCACAGUCACCGUGGUGCUUACAUACACCCGGGGCCAGGAGGCCCAGCUAGACAGUGAGGCGGUUCCGAGCACCUCCGCCACCCCUGCUGGGCCUGCCCUGGCCCAGCCUUCCAGUCUGUGAUGCUGCCUAACAUAUGGACAUCCCCAAGGCCAGUUGGCUGAAACCUGACACAGAUAAUGUGGCUUCUCGGCCAGUCUCCUUGCUCCUUGGCUGGUGACAGCAGCCAGGCUAUACCCCCACUGACCUCCUGUUUUCUUAGCUGUAAAAUGGGGACUCUUCCUCGUACACGGUAUAUUCGGGAAGGUCAAGCCUGCCUAAGUUGACACUCCGCAGACAGCACUGCCAGUGAGAAUCUUCCAAGACCUACACUCCAGGGUUCUCUCCUGAGCCAACUGUAACAAGCUGGCCAAGGACCCGCUCCUUCCCACAAUCCCAGGAAGACAUUGGCCUCUUCUUACCAUUAGGGGCAGAGGCCAGUAUGGAAUGCGCCUGGCACUUCUCAGCUGCUGCCCUUGAACUGCAUAUGGGGCUAGGGCCCUGGAUCCUACCUGUGUAGGGCCUACCUGGGGAGCAGAUGGGUUACUGGCCUCAGUGUCUCCACGGUGAAAUUGUGUGACAGCUGUGACAAGAAGUCUUCUCAUCCCUGGGUCUCUAGCUACCUGUCUGUACAAUGGGGACCUUGGUCAGCUGAGGUCUGGCUCACUACUGCCAGUCAGGAUUCCCAAUGAUGGGUAGGCAGAGGGGCCAGGAGAACACAGUGCGAGAUUGCUCCCCUUCCCAGUAAAUGUCCCUGUGAGCAUUCUCAGUGCCUGUGCCCCUGGUCUUAGCACCUGGUACAGUGUAGCUCUCUGGCUGGCUGUGACUGUUGUACAGGGCCCUCUAAAGGAAUAAAGCCUUGUUUUCUAAGUGUGUCACGCUCCUCUCUGCAGGGUGCAAGGGACUUCAUUUCCUUUCUUGCUCUGCAUUCAAGUGGCUAUGGCCUAUGUACUUGGACCUGGCCACAUUCCUGGUCUACAUGGUGGUAAAUGGAGGCAUGAGGGUUGCUUAAAGUAAAAUCACAAGCAUGCCCUUUAGCAAGUAUUGGCUGUCAUUCCAGGAAUUGGAGGCCUGUGGUGGGGACACAGGUCCCCUGGUGAGAGAAAAGUAUGAGAGCGUGUGCCCUGUGAUUAGUCUUUCUCUGUCCUGCCAACUCCCAAAUCAUGACACGGAGACUGACAAAUUAUGACAGCUUGGCCUUAGCUUAGGCUUGUUUCUAACUUGCUCUUAUAACUGCAAUCAGUCCAUUUCAUGUCCUGCUUCCUCUGCAUCUGGCUGGGGACUCCACGUUUCUUCUUCCUAGAGGUCUCUUUGUCCGGAAGUCCCACCCAUACCUCCUGCCUAACUAUUGGCCAGUUAGCAUUUUAUUAAAACAAUCACAGUGACAUAUCUUUCAACUGUAAUAAAAAUCUCACAACAUUUCCCCCCCUUUUGUCUAAAUAAAAAGUGUUUUAACUUUAA